GGACGGGGGAGCCUCCAGGAUGCCGGCGCUGCUGGAGCGGCCGAAGCUGAGCUCGGCCAUGGCCCGGGCCUUGCACCGGCACGUCAUGGUGGAGCGGGAGCGGAAGCGCCAGGAGGAGGAAGAGGUGGACAAAAUGAUGGAGCAGAAGAUGAAAGAGGAGCAGGAGAGGCGGCGGAAGAAGGAGAUGGAGGAGCGCAUGUCGCUGGAGGAGACCAAAGAGCAGAUCUUGAAGCUUCAAGAGAAACUUCAAGCCUUGCAAGAGGAGAAGCAUCAGCUGUUCCUGCAGCUGAAGAAGGUGCUCCAUGAGGAGGAGAAGCGCCGUCGCAAGGAGCAAAGCGAUAUGACCACAUUGGCGGCGGCUGCUUACCAGCAGGGCAUGGCUGUUCAUGCAGGGACCCACAUCCUCAAUAUGCAAGGGAGUCCCGGAGGGCAUAACCGGGCGGGUACCUUGAUCUCGGCCGAUCGAGCAAAGCAGAUGUUUGGACCGCCUGUGAUCACAACGCGUCACUUUGCCACCCAGCCGGCUUUCCCCGCUGGCACCCCUGAACACGGGCAGUAUCAGGGCAGCCAGUCCGGACACAGCCCUUACGCCGUGGGCCAGAGCCAGCACACGGUGCCUGUGAGCUACGCCAGCAGCCAGUCCAUCCGAGGUCCUUCGGCUUUCCCAACCAUGCAGUACCUAUCCCAACAGCAGCCGGGUUACAGCAUCCACGGCCACUUCCCCACCGCCCAGCCAGGCUUCAUCCCCCCGAGCACCACCAUCCCUUUGCAAAAACAACUGGAGCACGCUAACCAGCAGUCAGGAUUCACCGACUCGUCCACCCUUCGUCCGAUGCACCCCCAGGCGCUGCACCCCAAUCAGGGGCUCCUGCAAGCCCCCCAGAUCCCUGUGCAGAUGCAGACGGCGACCAAGCCCAGUUUGGCCUACACCCACCCCGCACGGCCGGCUUCCCCAGGCAGCUUCUCGCACGGAACCGCUCCCCAGCAGCCCCACACGUCUGGAUUCCAGGCUUCUCCCCAGGCAGCCCCUCGGCACCCCUUCAUACAGCACCCUCAGGGGCAACGUUUCUACCACAAGUGAGUCACCUGCGCUCGGCCCAGCAUUUGUGCCAGCCACCCCUGUGGCCAGCGUGAAUGGAGAUCAGCUGUACUGAAGGACUGUCUCUCUCGCUUUAUUCCCCUUGCCGAAAUACAAGUUUUGUGAAAACGGAUUGCACUGCAAAUACACUUUGCAUUGUUCAUUUUGAACAGG